AUGUGGAACAAAACCAGAACGACGCUUCUGGCUGUUGGUGUCUUAUUUCAUUUGUUUUACCUAUGGUCUAUUUUUGAUAUUUAUUUCAUUUCACCGCUCGUCCAUGGUAUGAGCCCAUAUCAAAGUACUCCAACCCCUCCUGCAAAGAGAUUGUUUUUAAUUGUUGGUGAUGGUUUACGUGCGGAUACUACUUUUGAUAAAGUCACUCACCCAGUGACCGGAAGAACAGAAUUUCUGGCACCUUUUAUCAGAUCUUUAGUUGUAAAUAAUGCCACAUACGGUAUUUCACACACCAGAAUGCCCACCGAAUCCCGUCCUGGUCAUGUUGCUAUGAUUGCUGGGUUUUACGAGGAUGUUAGUGCCGUCACAAAAGGUUGGAAGUCAAACCCUGUCAAUUUUGACAGUUUUUUCAACCAAUCUACUCACACCUAUUCAUUUGGUUCACCUGACAUUUUACCUAUGUUCAAAGAUGGUGCCUCUGACCCAAACAAAGUUGACACCUGGAUGUAUGAUCACACUUUCGAAGAUUUUACGCAAUCUUCUAUCGAACUAGAUGCCUAUGUCUUCAGGCAUUUAGAUCAAUUAUUCCGCAAUUCCACACUAAACUCAACCUUGGAUUAUGAAAUUAGGCAAGACGGUAACGUAUUCUUUCUACACCUAUUAGGCUGUGAUACUGCUGGACAUUCUUAUAGACCAUAUUCUGCCGAGUACUAUGAUAAUGUCAAAUAUAUCGACGAUCAAAUCCCUAUCCUUAUAGAAAAGGUCAACAAAUUUUUUGCUGAUGACAAAACUGCGUUUAUCUUUACAGCAGAUCAUGGUAUGAGUGCGUUUGGAUCACAUGGUGAUGGUCAUCCUAACAACACAAGAACUCCUCUUGUCGCUUGGGGUGCGGGUUUGAAUAAACCAGUACAUACUACCUUUCCGGUAUCCGAUAACUAUACUGAAAAUUGGGAACUUUCGAACAUUAAAAGAAAUGACGUCAAACAAGCUGAUAUUGCUUCUUUAAUGUCAUACUUGAUCGGUGUAAACUAUCCUAAAAACUCGGUCGGCGAGUUACCAAUAGCAUAUAUUGAUGGAAAAGAAAGUGAUAAGCUCGCCGCGUUGUACAACAACGCAAGAAGUAUUCUAGAGCAGUACUUGGUCAAACAAAAUGAGGUUAUAGACUCUCAAUUUUUUUACAAGGAAUACUUCAAGUUUCUCGAAAAGUCUCAUUUUCAUUACUUAGAGGAGAUAGAAACCCUAAUCCAGCGUAUAUCUGAAGGUGAGAACUAUUUGGAACAAGAAGCGAUUACACUUACAGAGGAACUAAUGCAGAUAACGUUGGAGGGUCUGCAUUACUUAACAACCUAUAAUUGGAGAUUUAUCAGGACUAUUGUUACAUUCGGGUUUGUUGGGUGGAUUUUUUUCUCUUUUAUAAUAUUUUUGAGGUCAUUUAUUUUAGAGAAUGUCACCGAUGACCAAAAAGCGUCACCAUUAACCCAUGCAACAUUUGGUUCCGUAGGAAUUUUAUUAAAUUGGAUUUUGUACUACCAACAUUCUCCCUUUAACUUUUACAUGUAUCUUCUUUUCCCAUUAUACUUUUGGAGCUAUAUUUUUACAAAUAGAUCUGUACUACGUUCAGGUAUCAAGGAAUUUUUCAAAGGUACCUCUCCUUGGAAAAGGGCUCUAAUUACAAUUUCGAUUAUCUCAGUUUAUGAGGGGAUUGUAUAUGGGUUUUUCCAUAGAUGGACGUUUACACUAAUCACAAAUUUGUUGGCAUUUUAUCCAUUUAUUUGUGGUGUGAGAGAGCUUCCCGCGAAUGUAUGCUGGAUCGUAACUAGCGUUCUUUUAUCUACAUUUACCUUAUUCGACGCUGUUAAAAUUGAGAACUUAAACCAAAUUCACUUAGCAGGGUUAUUAAUUAUAAUCAGUGCCUUCUAUGCUCUUUACAAAAUACAUCCUAACAUAAACUCCUAUACGCGUGGUAUAUUCACCAUUCAAAUUUCCCUGGUAGCAGCUAUGUUGGUGGUUACUCAUCGUUCUGUUACCUCUUUGCAGCUAAGACAAGGGCUACCAAGAGAAUCACAGGUUGCUGGAUGGAUAAUUUUUUUUGUAUCUCUUUUCGUGAUGCCAAUUUUACAUUACAGGAAGCCUAACAAUGACUACAAAGUGAGGUUAUUGAUAAUUUAUUUAACUUUCGCGCCGUCCUUUAUCAUUUUGACCAUAUCGUUUGAGUCCCUGUUCUACUUCUUGUUCACUAUUUACAUGAUACAGUGGAUUGAAAUUGAGAACAAAAUUAAGGAAAUGAAAACCGAAAAGGACGAGAAUUGGUUACAAGUGUUAAGGGUUUCAGUGAUAGGGUUCUUUUUACUUCAAGUCGCAUUCUUUGGAACCGGUAACGUCGCUUCCAUCUCUUCAUUUUCAUUAGAGUCUGUUUGUAGGUUGCUACCAAUUUUUGAUCCCUUCCUGAUGGGCGCAUUAUUGAUGUUGAAAUUGAUAAUUCCUUAUGGGCUGUUAUCCACAUGUCUAGGCAUACUGAAUUUAAAAUUAAACAUCAAAGACUACACAAUCUCGUCAUUGAUCAUCUCCAUGAGCGAUAUUUUGUCCUUGAAUUUUUUCUAUCUUUUAAGAACGGAGGGAUCGUGGUUAGAUAUUGGCAUCACAAUUUCUAACUAUUGUUUGGCAAUUUUAUCAUCCUUGUUCAUGCUCAUUUUGGAAGUAAUUGGCCAUGUGUUGCUAAAAAAUGUCAUUAUACAGGAUGAAACCAAGAAAACACAAUAG